UUCUAUAAGGCUAGAUGCAAUGCGGCUUGUGUCAUACUACACCCUCUGUGGAGUUGAGAGUUCAUCUAUUCGAUCUUCAUUCUUCAAUCCCAGCUUGGGCGGGAAAUCUACGCGUCAUAGGUAUAAUAAUGACCUGGACGAUAGACUGAGUAGACUCAAACUAUCAAGUGCCCCCGCCGGGUCGUGCCGACAAGCUCUGACCUCACCACAUCCGCUCGUAACAACAAUGAGUAGAAAAUCCCAUCAAAUGACUUCAAAUCAUCCCAGCAGAGAAUUAUCGACCAGAGAUCCCAGCUCCGGCCGCGUCCCAGGAAAUUCGAAACGGGACACUCAUUUUGUAAUCGAUGGCGAGCCAAAUAUUGGUCUUGACCUCCAUCAGUACGGUACAUACGAACCUGUCCCCCGGGCAUAG